AAUGGUGACCGUCGGCUGGCCGUCCCUGAUGUUGCCCUGGUGGAAGUGGAAAAGGCUAAUGACGAAAUUUUAAUUCACUGUUUAGCCACCAGGGAAAUUAAUACAUUCCAAAUAACAUCUGGAAUGGAUUCACAGCAGCAGUUUUGUCUAAAGUGGAACAGUUUCGGCAGCAAUUUAGCAACAGCAUUUGGCAAUUUGUUCAAGUCGGAAAGUUUAGCAGAUGUCACAUUGUUUUGUGAAGGAGUGACAUUUCGAGCACAUAAGCUCAUCCUGGCAGCAUGUAGCAAACAUUUCCAGGAUCUUUUUGAAAUGGCCCCUUUGAACCCCACUGUGCUGGUCAUUAUGGAUGGCACUUCAUCAUCAAAUAUGUCAGCACUGCUCGAGUUCAUGUACAAAGGGGAAGUCCAUGUAUCUCAGGAAUGUCUCUCCAGUUUUCUUAAGGCUGCCGAGUGCCUGCAGGUUAAGGGCCUGUCCAUCGAACAUGAGAAGCUUGCGGUAGUGCAUGGCAGUAAACACAUUGGUCAGGUGGGUGAGGACAUUUCACUGGACUCCCCAACUGGCCGUAAACCCAAACUUGGAGAUGGCUCUCAGAGCUCCAGCUCUGAGCAGCAACCACCUCCACCACAGCCAAUGCACCCGCAGCAUCAUGCCCCUACCUCCUCUGCCUCUGCUUCAUAUGCAUCUAUUCUUUCUCCUUAUCCUUUGCAUUACCGUCCGUAUGAGCAGAGAGUUCCAGCUUCUGCUCCCCCUGCCACUGCUUCUGGUUCCCAAAGCCAGAUGUACGACAAUUUCCCACGCAAGCGACACCACCGUAGUUCAUCAGAGGCCCCACCCCCAGAUGCCGUGCGUGCCUCAGUUCUUCGUGAUGGUUCAAAGUCACGUGAAGCCGUAGAACGGGCCAGCAUGCCUUUGGGGUAUCGGCCAGGUGGUUUGUCACCGGCAAGCGAGCCAGAUGGCAAGGGUGAGGAGAAAGGAUACCAACAUGUGCGCUAUGAAGGGGGGCCUGGGCCUGGUUCCUCGGUGGAGUCCCGUGAUGCACGAGACAGGGAAGGACCCGGGGGCUCCUCCGUGGGGAAUCCAGGCUCUGCAGGCACGGUCCCUUUUGACAGAACUGCUGCUGUGGAUGUAGAGAGUGGGUCCCAGGCUAAGCCAGAGAGCAGACGCUCUUCUGUGGAUCCCGGGAGCAAUUGUCCAGAAGAUUUACGGGUGAAAUUGGAAUUUACUUCUGGCAGUCACUCUGAAGAGCAACAUGGGAAUGCUGCUCCAUAUGCAGAGCCAGCUGUUGAAACUGCAGCUCCCGAAAGCUUGCCUGCGAAUGUGUGGAACUCAGGAACUAGCAUCAAAAUGUCCCCUCACAAAGGAGGUCCUGUGGCUACUACAGAUGGCAAGAAGCUGCAGUGCCCAUUCUGCGAGCGCCUGUACGGCUACGAGACGAACCUCCGUGCACACAUCCGCCAGCGCCACCAGGGUAUCCGUGUGCCCUGCCCAUACUGCAACCGCACCUUCACCCGCAACAAUACGGUGCGGCGGCAUAUUGCCCGUGAACACAAGGCGGAAUAUGCACUUAAGGUAUACCAUCCGCCGCCGACUGAGGUGCACAACCUCAGCAACCAGUAGCUGCCCUAUGCCGCUGCCACCACCGCCUCUCAGACCUGCCGCUGCUGCAUCAGGAUAACACUACAGUAACACAAAUACCUCAAACGAUCUUAUACAUAGAUUAUAUAGAGAAUUAUACUUGAUAAAUAUUAUAUAUAUAUACAAGAUAUCUAUAUGACAUUGUUAAGGGACAGGUACGAGUUAGUGUCCUUUUAACAAAUAUUGGAAUUAUGUGUAUCUUUUUUUUUUUUGUUUUGUUUUGUUUGUAUUUUCUUUCUGAGCACUUUUUUUCUGGAUGUCUGUGUGAGUUUAUACAGUAGCUCUCUCGGUUGACUAGGAGAAGUUUUGUUCGAAAUUUUUGGGGUAGGGAGAGUUUUAAAAGUCUUUAGUUUUUUGGAGAAUGAGUGAAACUCAUUCCAUUACAGUCAAAUGAAGGGCUAUAUGUACUUCACAGUCUUGUCCAUUUCUUUCUUAUGUCCUUCAAGGGCAGUAAUUUAUCUUAUGAUGGUGCCUCACUUACUAAGCUACAAAGUACACAAAUUGUUCAAAGAGAACAACGGGUGAUAAAUGAUUCUGUGUAUCACACAAAACCAGUAAAUGUUUUGGAAACGGGUAUAAAUUUAUUCUGCUCAGAGAAAUGAGGCACAUUCUUAGAAUUAUUAAGUGUGUUUUAAAAACACACAUUGUAAGUAGUCGACAUUGCUACUUGGUGCUUCACAGAGCUUUAUCACCAGUUGUACAUUGAGUGUUUUUUGGCUAAGUGAUAAACUAGAGACAGUUAUUGAGCACUACUUCAAAUGUCUUGACAAAAUGUGAUAGUCGCUUGAAUUACUCUUGCGCCUACCAAAACUGUUGCCGGUAUGUCCACUACAUGCUCAGCUGUUGAGGGGACAUUUAGAGUGUGCAUAAAUAACUCAAAGAACAGUACACACUAUUUUUGUUAAAAUGUGAUCUUAUUUUCAAGGGAAUAUUUGUCAUUGUCAGAAUCCAUUAUCUCUCCUGUUAGAAAACUAGUCAUUCAAGGUGCAACAGAUUUUUCAUCUCUUUACAACUCAGGAAUCAGUAGUAAAUAAUAAUAUUUUUGUUUAUCAUCUGGGCCCCCAAAUGUCAUGAGGGGAAAAUCAGGGACAGUUGUUACAAACCUGGGGAACUGGUAAAAAUAUAAAGCAUCCUAGUGCCAAAUCACAGCUAUGCACAGUGUGUCAAGUAUUUUAUUUAAUAUCUCUUAGGAAUUCUUGUGGGCCUUGGGCCUCCCUUAUUGCAGUUGAAUUCUUCAUUUGAUUUCUGUCUUCUAUUUUCUCUUCUGUUGUGCUCUUGUAGUUUUCUAUCUACAUAUGUGAAAGAAAAUAUUUAUGUUCAUAAUAUUGCUAUCUGCUCCUAGUCAGUGUAUCCCUCUUAGUGUAUAGAUAUUUGACAGUAAUUCAGUUGUAGUUGCAUUAUUUGUACACUUUUUUUAGAUUCCAGUAUUUAUCGAUUGUUGUUUUUAACCCAGGCAGUGAGGCGAGAUCUGAGGUGGUACCUUGUUGUAUGUUUACAUGACACAUAGUUUUAAUUCAACUCAGGACAGGAAGCAUCACAAGAAUGCAACGCAGAUUAUUAUUAUUAUUAAUAUAAUUAUUAUAGUAAUUCUUGUUUUAUAUACAGCCAUUUUGAAAUACUGCAUUUUCUAGGAAAUACUUUUUACCAAUGUGUCCAAUAUCAUAAUUUUCCUAUUGAGGAAAAGGACAAGCCAUUACUUAGUUCACAGUCACGUUCGCAUUCAUAAUAGGUUUCCCCUAUGCAAUCUCAGGUAGCCGGACGGUGUACAGUGUCGCGAAAAUCUUAGAAUUAGAGCAACUUUUUAAAAGUGAAUUGUUUUAUUUUGCAUAAAUGUAUCGUCUUUGAGUUCUUUAAAAAUUUAAUAUUGCUUUAUUUCAUAAAGGAGUUUUGUUGGUUUCAGUAAAUUUUUGUUAUCAUAGUUGUAAGGUGCAAAAGCUUUGAGUUCUGGAAGCACUGUGACGACCUUGGUAUAGCCCUAGUGUUGCCUUGGUGAAGGUGGCAUGGGGUCAGGGCAGUUGUUAUGUUUGUGUUGGGCUCUGUUGAUCGGAGUUGCCGUAUGUUGAUGUAUUGUUUAUUGCAUGCAGGGGAUGGAAGUCGGUUAAAGGGUUCUUUUCACACUUGUUUAGUGUAACAGAUGUUCUUUGUUUGAAAUAUUUUGACACAAUCUUUUAGAUUUUAUGUUGUUGUAUUGGUGCUUCUUUAUAAUUUUGGGCGAUCGGUUAUUGGUUAAGUAACAAAAGUAGCUCUUAAGGUCUGUGUUAUAAGCACCUGAUUGGACUAUUAAUUUAUUUACUAACUUUUACCCAUAAAAUUUGUUUUUAUGCCUCUAUUAUACUGAGAAAUUUAUUUUGUAUAUUCAUAUUUGAUGCACUUAGUGCUUGAAUACUAAACGGGUAAAUAAGGUACAUUGACUCUUCUUACCACUCAAGUCAACUGCGCUACACGAUUGUAAACUCCAAGUUUGUAAUAGAACUGAAAUGUCUCCAUCCGUAAGGAUCACAGAUUGGUUGAGUUGUGAUGAGAGAUUUGGGAAUAGAGAUGGAUAAGGGGCACUAGGCUACUUACAUUUUUCCUAUCCAAGUGAAGCCAUUGUUCCUUCCUUGUAUAGGAACUGCUGCCCUGUUGGGUGCCUGGACAUGCCAAGCAGCUCCCCAAGGGCAUGAAGCAAGUGUCUAACCCUUGCAUUGUCCUGGUGGAUUGAUUAGGUGUAUGUUAUUUUAAUUGU